UACUGCUGCGGCCCGACAGUUCCACUGGCUCGCGUGUACGCGGCUGCCAGCUUCCAGUACUUGGUGCUUGGCUCCUCUAGUGCCUGCGAUCCUUGCUCCGAGGCCAGCUACGGCUCAGCUGUCACCUGAAUAUGGACUCCGCCAGCCAAGAUAUCAACUUGAAUUCUCCUAACAAAGGUGUGCUGUCUGAUUUCCUGACUGAUGUCCCUGUUGAUCCAGGUGUGGCCCCCCAAACUCCAGCUGUAGAGGGCCUGACAGAGGUGGAGGAAGAAGAGCUUCGGGCUGAGCUUGCUAAGGUGGAAGAAGAAAUUGUCACUCUACGCCAGGUCCUGGCAGCCAAAGAGAGGCACUGUGGAGAGCUGAAAAGGAGGCUGGGCCUCUCUACUUUAGGGGAGCUGAAGCAGAACCUGUCUAGGAGCUGGCAUGAUGUGCAGGUCUCUACUGCCUAUGUGAAAACGUCUGAGAAACUUGGAGAGUGGAAUGAGAAAGUGACCCAGUCUGACCUUUUCCUUUCAGCCAGUAACAUGCUGGAGAACUGGAACAUGGGAUUCAUUAGCUACAAGAAGACUCAAGAAACCCUUUCACAAGCAGGACAGAAGACAUCUGCUGCCUUAUCCACCAUGGGCUCUGCCAUCAGUAGGAAACUCGGAGACAUGAGGGCUCAUCCGUUCUCACACUCCUUUAGCAGCUACUCCAUCCGUCACUCAAUAAGUAUGCCAGCCAUGAGGAACUCUGCAACCUUCAAGUCAUUUGAAGACCGAGUGGGGACCAUAAAGUCUAAGGUUGUGGGUAGCAGAGAGAAUGGCAUCGAUAACCUCCCUUCCUCACCUGGAAGUGGUGACCAGCCAUUACCGGAUCAUGCCCCUUUCUAAGCUUGUCAUAGCUUAUCAUCCACAGAAUACAGAAGCACACCCUCAUCAUCACAGCUGCAACUCUGCAUGACAGAGCAACCAGCAAGGGCCAGUGAAGAGCUGGUUUUGAAGACAGUCAUACCCAUCUACAUGCAGAUGUGGCUGCUGCCUUGGCAUGAAUUAGAGAACAGUCUUGUAUAUAAUGUUUUACACUAAAGCUCAUAGAUGAAGCAGAUCACUGUGCCAUCCUUUCCAGGGCCACAGGAAGUGUACAGGGUGGAAGGGCCCAAGGAGUACUGAACAGGAGCCCAUGUUACCUUUGGUGGUCUCACCAGAAUGCUAAGGAAAGAACUGUCAGGGGUAUUAAGUGAACAUCAUUUCCUUGCCUGCCCUCCUCCCCGUAGCUCAGAAGGAAUACACUUACCUAGGUCGUAUUGCAUGGUAACAGUUUUUCAUAUGGAUUUGAGGAAUGAGAGAGUUCUUUAUUUUCUGAGACCUUAGAAAGGAAACAUAAACUGCUUCAUUCUUAGAGAACAAUCUGGCUUUGGCAGAAGCAAAUCCACUAUUUUUUAAAUGUGAUGGACUUUUCAAAAAUUAAAUAGAAAAAAAGUGAGGCAAAACAACUUUAGCCUCAUUAUUGAGAAAUAUUUCUUUGAAUUCAAGCCUUACAUUGCCUUAUGCUUUAUUUGUUUAUAGUCUUUUAUAUCCCUAUAAAUGAGGGUUCUUUAAUGGGUUAUGAGUACUAUGUAGAAUUUUAUCUCUGGCCCAUCUCAUACUCUGCCAGUACCAAUUAGUGCAUUUUAUUUCUCUAACACUUUCUCCUGGUAUGCAAAACUUGGUUCUUUUGAAGAAUUUCCCUGUAGCUUUCCACUCUGGCCCACAAGGCUCUUGUGCUGUGGGUCAGGAGGGCUGAGAGAAGGAAAGAAGCCUCAAUCUUUGGCAUCUUAAUGGGAUGUGCCCUGCACGGUGUUGCUUUACUGACAGUGAGUGGGGCUCUGGUUCAUAGUUCCUGCCUGCCUGUCUAUUACACAAAGAAUAAAUGAGAAGCAGAACCAACACUGCAGGUCAGGUAUGGGAUGUGGUUUUGGUUCAGCCAGAACUCUGCUGUCAUCUUUUCUCAGGAGCUACAAAGAUUUCUUUCUAAGUUCCCUUCUCCUGCCUCCAAUUGCCACAUUCUGCAUCCUCUCAAUGCCAGGGCCCUGAGUGUUGGGAGGUAUGGUCUGGAGGGAGGGGCAACACUGUGCCUUAAUGGCUCUUAGCAGGGCAAAGACUUUGUUGUGUGCACAUAUCUGCACUCCUUGGAUGAGGUGGGGGUCUGUCCAUUUUAGUGUCUGCUUUGAUACAGUGUGAUAGAUCCUUUGAUUAUCAAGUACCUUGAAUACCCUUUGAAUACUGUACCACACAAAGCAAGGAAUAGCGAGGAACUGGGGAGCUGAAGAAAAGACAUCUUGGUGUUUUUUCUUCCAGGGUUAAAAACAAUAGUUGUGUGAGGAGGCAUGCUACAGGAGUGCAGGUCACUAUUGUAUCUUCCUACAAAGAAUAACAAGCAACUUGUCAAUAAAGCAUUCCUUUGGAGGAAAAUCCACA